AUGGUGGCCAAGGACGAUGCGUCCUGCUUCGAAGCGCCCCCGGUGGUUGCGCUGGUGGUUGGAUAUUUUCUCACCGCGGGCAUCGUCAUCUCCUACAUCCCCCAGUUCUGGAUGAUCAUCGCGCGCCGGAGUAGCGAGGGAGUGAGCGUGCUCACUAUGUGGCUCUCCUUCGUGUGCGCCUACCUCACCUUCAUCAACGCCUUCAUGCUCGAUUGGAACGCCAUCAAGUGCUGUCGCUACCUCACCGUUGGCCAGAUCUUCCAGCAGCUGCUUCCGCUCGAGCAGUUGUUCGUGGGACCCUUCUGCCUGUUCCUCCUGUUCAUAUGCAUCGUGUACUACUUUGACAUGACACCCAAGAACAACGUCUCGGCCGUCCGCAAGCGCACGGACAGGUUGGUUGCGAGGGUGAUGCUGGUACUCAACUUUGUGCUCCUGGUUGCCCUGGGGGCUUCCGCUUUCUUCUUCAUCGCGUUCGUGGGUUCAGAUGAAGAUAGCUACACAGGCUACGCCUAUGCGCUGGGUUUGAUCUCGUCCGUCAUCAUCGGAUUCGUGUGGCUGCCCCAGAUCUACGUUACCUACAAGACCAAGGACACCGGCGCGCUCAGCAUCACCAUGCUGUUGAUCCAGGCGCCAGGCAACAUCCUGGUCGUUUGCUUCCAGGCCAUUCUGGCUGGCAACAACUGGACGACGUGGCUGCCCUACGUCAUCACGGCCGUCGAACAGCUGACCCUCACCGCCAUGUACAAGUGCAUCAAGCCAAAGAGGAGCACCAACAUUGUCGCGGAGGACACCGAGUCUGACAUCGCCCGUAUGAACGGCGCGGCGGCGAUGAGCCCAUACCUGCAGCUCCCGACCGACGAGGGUGUUCCCGAGCUGAAUGGCUACCACAGCGACGACAACAUGCGACUCUCCCCCACGACCACCCGCAUCAACUGA